AUGUUCGCGACGCCAACCGAGGACUUGACGGACGAGGGACGCCGCAGCGACCCGAUCGACCCCGAGCGCCAGGGCCCCCCAGCCUUCCACGAGGUCUCCGCCAACGACGACGCAAAGCCGCCCCUGCACAGCCCCCGCGCGCCGGCCGGCGGCGCCGCGGGCCCGCCGACGGAGCCGACGGUGGCGCACCCAGGAUCGGCGGCCCUGCCCGAGCCCGAUGAGAAGCUGAAGCGGAAGGUGCCCGUCAACAAGGUCACCGGCGACCAGUGA